AUAGUAGACUGUGUGAGUUUCGCGUUAGCGAGCGUCAACCCAUAUUUCCCGAGUUCUGUGCUUGCGAGUGUCGGCCAUGUCUCUGCGUGAUGCGCAACGUCUCAAGUACAGUGCCAACAUCAGCUGCAGCAGCUCCGACGACUCGGAGAACAUUGAUGAUGUCUUCAUCGAGGUGUGCAAGUGGCGGCGCCGCAAACACCUCACCUCCAACAACCUGCACCUCGCAGACAUCCUGGCAACUGACGCCAAUGUACCGGCACUCAUAGGGUUUCGGACGGGAUCAGAAACUCAGCUGACGGACGCAGUUUCUCCGUCACUGUCCGCGGAUUCGUCCGACGAAAACAAGGAAAAUGAGGCAGGCUCGAAAACUAAAAAGAAAGACUCGACGUCGUCGAACCGAAGCAUCUGGUACAUCUCUUCAUCGUCGGACCCUGUCAACAUCGACGUGGCGAACCUGGCAACACAUAUUUCCUCAUCUGUCCCAUCUGCGAUUUCAGAUUUCUCCGACGAUCACCCGCCUGUGGAGAGGAAACUGUCGCGGACCAAACCCAAGGGAACCAUCGAAAUUGAGGUUCCCCUGGACAGCACUCUAAACAGUCUUGCUGCCCACUACGACACGACGCCAUCAGAACUCAUCAAGCUCAACCGACUCGGGUCGAGGAUGGUCUUUCCUGGACAGAUGUUGCUGAUACCAGACCCUGAUUAUGUCUCCAGCAGUGAACCGUCUUCUCCCGAAAUAUCCACAUCGCCGGUUUUCUCUCUUCCAGUUGACGAGAGACCGCGAAUUGAUAUACCAAUAGUAAAAAUGGCUGACAAGCCACCGAGCAGAAUCCCCGGUCACGCAGAACGACAGACAUCAUUGUCAUCGCCGCAGGAAAAGAAAGACGUUGAUGUAAUCCCACACAAACUGACGGACGAAGACGUGCAAUACUUAGACCAGGAAUGCUUCGAACGAUUCAUUAAAAUUAACGUCAAACACAUCACAGACGGACAGAUGUCAAGUGGUCGCCACGACAACGCUUCUUUCGGUGUGGUGAACGGGACACUGCUGGUGACCCCAAAUGCAGUGAUGUUUGACCCGAAUGUGUCAGACCCGCUCGUCAUCGAGCAUGGGCCGGAAAAGUACGGGAUGAUCACCCCCAUGGACAUGGUGAUCAGUGCUGCCAUGUACCACGAUAUCGCGGCCAUGCGGACCAGAUGUCACAAACAAGAUGAUGAAGGCCACUCCUCUAAACACGAAAUCUACCAUGCAAAAGACUGUCCGCUCCACCACUCAGGUUCCGCUGUUUUCUACGGAGAAUACCAUGGCGACGAGACUGACAAUGCCAACACCGACGGCAAAACGGCUGUCAGACGUUCCUCGACGAUUGACAGCCUGGCGUCGUCCACCACUGCAUGUUCCUGUGGUGCUCUGUCUCGCGAACAGAGCCUCUGUCUGGAUCCAGACGUGUCCACAGUAGAGGAGAGCAGUAGAGAUACGAAUUCAUCAGGGCACCACCUUGGUGAGGCGAUGGACGGACGACAGACCAGUGCCGAUGAUGACGAUGUUCAUCUUGUUUUUGAUGAUGGUGGUGAAGUGGAUUCACAUUCUGAUGGUGUUCAUGCCGGUGUUGGUCGAGUGAAACAGAAUGACGAUGCCGAUCAAAGCAUUGGUGAUGAAGCACGAGAUUCUGUGAAUGGCAUUCGUUCAGAUGAUGGUGACAAUGAUGCAGAACCUUUUCCCAACGUUGGUGUUGAACCGUCCCCUGAUGGUUUGAAAACCUCUGUUGGUGUGGCACAUUCCUCUGAGGGGGUGAAACCUUCUGCUAGUGGUACUAAACCCUCCCCUGAUGGUGUUAAACCCUCUCCUGAUGGUGUUAAACCCCCUGAUGGUGUAGAUCCUCCCCCUGAUGGUGUAGAACCUUCCCUCGAUGGUGUCAAACUUUCCCCUGUUGGUCUGAAAUCUUCCUCUGCUGUAACGGAUUCCUCCUUUGAUGGUAUAAACGAUUCCCAUGGUGGUUUAAAACAUUCCCCUGGUGACGGACAUUUGUCUAACAAUAGUGUCAGCGUUUCCAAGGAUACUGUGACACAUUCUGCUGUUAAUGACACAGACUCUUUAGACACUGGUACUACGAGGAACAUUCCAGGUGAAGAGGAUGCAAAAGAGAUUUAUUCCACUUCAGAUUCUAUUGCUAAAGUGGGUAGCAGAAUCGACGGCGUGAUGCCCAAAUCUGAUUCAGGCGUAAACGAUGCCAGCGAUGAUGAUAUCAUUGGAGACAAUCAUUCUCGGGAUGUGGGAUCCUCGGGGUCUGAUUCUGCUCAUCGUUCUGGUGUCGAGGUUAAGGAUGUUGAUACAAGUAACACAGACAUUCACGUGCUAAACGUUGAUGACAGUAGCAGACUGAUGAAUGAAGCAGUGGAUGGAACACUGCGUGAAUCCACUGCUAACCCGGACGGCAAAUUGGUGGACGAUUCUACGGCGACGUCGUGGGCAAUAAAGAGUCUCAAUCUUCCCAAUACGUUGCUGGGCGGAACGAAAACCGAGAAUGUGGAAAACGGCGAAUCGAGGAUCGGAAAUAUCAUAUACCUGCCCGUGGAGAAGAACACGAAUGGCGAGAUGGUCGUCAAGGCAACCAGUGUCACGCAAGCCAGCGCUGGUUUGUUGACGACGACUGCGACCAGUGGCGAACUGGGGGGUGAGAGGGACAGUGAUGGGGGGAUGAGGUCAGGCAGUGACAGCAGCGUCGGGGUGCGAGCUAUAAAGUCGUCGGCGCACCAUCUGAGCAGCUUCGUGAACUACGCCACGGGUCUGUUCCGUAGCAACGUGGACGACCGCACCAAUGUGAAGGAUAUCUCCGAGGUGAUGGGGAAGGCGACGCCCACCAUGUCGGAUGGUUCCAAGAUGGCGGUGGGGGUGGGAUCCUCUUCGUACAAGUCUCAACCACACCUGGAAGUGGCUAAUGCGAUUCGGCUGGAGGACAAACCAGAGCUGUUCCAGACCUUUGAUAGCCUAGAGUUGAUCGCGCGGCCGGCAACCCAUGUGGAGGAUCCACCCCUGUACCUGUGUCUGCGAGUGGGACACCCCAAGAACAAGGAGGUGUCGCAGACCUGUCCCAUCGAAUCAUACCGGUCAAACAAGAAGAAACCCGAAUACUGGUUCUCCAUCCCCCGCGCCAAGGUGGACGCUCUCUAUGCAUUCUUUGUGCAGUGGACGCCAGACAUCUACGGUGACCAGGACGAAAUAGAUCCUGAGAUACGCGGGUUUGUUGUCAUUGACGACGAGGAAAAAACAGAGGAGGAGAACCUGGAGAUAAUUGACGAGCAUUUCGCCAGCAUCCAGAAAAUACGCAAAGACUGGGAGAUCAUCAGUAAGGAGGAGGCUCUUCGUCGCAUGUCGACAAUCGAUGACGACUCUUUACAACUUCCUGAAAUGAACGGAGAAACGAUACUUCUCUCAGAGGAACAUCUCAAAGAGUUGUCGAAGAAUCUCCCCCCGCGGACUAUCGGGUAUGCCUGGACUCUGACCUACAGCACGGAGCUGCACGGAUUCAGUCUGAAGACUCUCUACAGAUACAUGUACGGCAUCGACAGUCCAAUCCUGCUUGUCGUCAUGGAUACCAAUGAACACGUGUUUGGUGCGGUGACGAGCUGUGCCAUCAAAAUGAGCGACCACUUCUACGGGACUGGAGAGUCCUUCCUCUUCACGUUCUACCCAGAAUUCAAAGUGUUCCACUGGACAGGAGAGAACAAUUUCUUCUUGAAAGGCAAUCAGGAGAGUCUGGCCAUCGGAGCAGGACAGGGUCUGUUUGGUCUGUGGUUUGAUGGAGAUCUGUAUCACGGGCGGUCACACAGAUGUGAAACGUUUGACAACGAUGUACUCACGGACACAGAAGAUUUCGUUGUCAAGGGACUGGAGGCAUGGGCAUUUUUUUGAGGUUGAAGCAAUACGGAACCUGUGCUGGUUGUAUAUCGUGUUCUUGCACCACUUGUGAAGAGAGAUCUAUCGCAAUGAGGCUUUCUACAGUGGAAGAGUUCCACCAAGGGACGUAACUCCCGUCUCUUGACAGACACGUUACAGCACAGCUAAUGUGGUGGAGUUCUUUGAUAAGAAUUAAAAUAGAGCUGUUCUUGAAAGCAAUGAAGUUAGAAGAGGAUGUUCUAAAUGUUUGAAUGGGUGAUGUUUUGCAAAAGAUUUUUCUUCAAAAUCAUCACGACGGAUAACGGUUUACUAGAAGAUUUUUCUCAGUCUCAGAAUGUUUUGCAAAUCACCAUUAGCCCAGACGGCUUUCCCACAAUACUUUGCAUCAAUACUUUAAUAGUGGUGUUACAGAAUUCAUUAUGUGAUGAUACUUAAAGAAUUAAGUGUCCCAGAAUGCUAUGCUUCAACUUUUCUUUCUUUUUUAGAGUAGUGUCCCUUGGUUUGUGUCGAUGCUACUUAUAAGAGUGUCUCUGUUCUCUGUACGUUGACAUUUCUUUAAGAAUGAUGACCGGAGCAUUUUUCAUAUGACACUAAAAUGAAGUGUCCCAGAAUUCUUUGCAGUAUCGACAUACUUUUUGUCACUCUUGUCUCCUGCAAAUGUCGAUUUUUGUUUUUGGUCAUAUUUUUUCUACAACGCACAUAACACCAGCAUAUCUGUGAAGGCUGUUUGCAUUCCCAAAUGUACACAAAUGUUGACUUGUUUGUUGUUUUAUUAACAUUAUUAUUAUUAUUAUUAUCAUCAAGUAUACAAACUGCCAAAAUUUUGACUCUUUAACUCGCCCUUUUGAGUUAACCCCUUCACUGUCGCAUCCGAGUGAAGACUAUAAUAUGUGCUAUACGAGUUGGAUUGAGCUGGUGUUGAUGAAUUCGUUUGCAAUAUUUAUAUAAUUCUGCAUGAAACAGCUGACUCGUAGAUCUGCUUUGAUGUUGCAAGAUGAUGUUAGGUUGUUUUAGGUGUAUCAGUGGUGGAAACCGCACACGACAGGGUUAAACAUAGUAGGUUGUGAAAGGACUAACAUAGUUUGCUGGAGAACAAGUAUUACUUAGUUAAAAUAGCUUGUGGAAGGGUUAUGUUAACAUAGUUUGUUGGUUAUGAAGCAGUGUUCGAGAUUGAAAUUUUUGGCCAGUAUCCCAGUUGAAUACUAACAUUUCAAAAUCUGGUAUCCCACCUGAGAAUUUAGUAUUAUAUGGUAUCCUGGUGGGAUACUGGGUUCUUGAAGUCUGGUAUCCAAAAUUAAAUUCUGGUAUCCCCGGGAUAUCGGGAUACUGUUAUUCUCGAACACUGUGAAGUAUUAUAUGGUAACAAUAGCUUGUGAAUGGGUUAACAUAGUUUGUUGGUUAUGAAGUAUUAUAUGGUAACAAUACAUGUGUAGCUUGUGAAGGGGUUAACAUAGUUUGCUGGAGGUGAACUAUAUUAUAGUAAUAAUAGGAUAUGAAAGGAUGAACAUACACAAAUGUAGGUUGGUGGAUUUGAAAUAUUACAGUUAAAAUAGCUUGUGACAGGGUUAAUAUAGUUUGUUGGUGAUGAAGUAUUACAUAAUAGAAAAAUUGUAGCUUGUGAAAGGGUCGACAUAGUUUGGUAAAGAAUUGUUAUUACUCGGUUAAAAGAGACUGUGAAAUGGUUAAUUUAGUUUGUGAAAGAUUAUAGAAAGAGAAAUGAUUUUUUGCAUGUGUUAAAAUUUACGUUCAUGUAUUAUGCAUUCAUACUGGAACCAACAUUGAGAUCAUCUAGUCAUGGGUGGCUUGGCCUGAAGUUCUCCAGCCUGAUUCACCGAUUAUUUGUGUGACCAGAUUAAAGCAGGGCUCGAAAUUAAGAGAGAGCAAGAUGGAAAAGCCACUCAAAAUGUAUACGAAAUAUUUGCCUUUUGAUAAUCAGUUUCACAAGCCACUUUUACAUUUUCGUCUCAAAAGGUUAACUUUAUGAUAAAGUAAAGUUGAAACAAAACAAGAUUUAUUUUUGCCACUUUGUACAUGUUGUCAAAUAUUAGAAGACAUUGUAUGAUAUCUUUUCAUUUGCAAUUUUAGGCUAUUUCAAUUUUAUAACAAUUAUUGAAAAUCCUAUGCAUUAAAGGAAACAUGACACGAGACCAUAUUAUAGCUCAUUUUAAAAGAAAAAUGAUAUAAAAAUAAUAUACAAAUAACUUUAUAACAA